AUGUGUGGUACUGAUGACAAGAAGGGGGUGCAGGAGACUCUCUGAACAAGAGCGGCAAUAGAAAAGCCUAUACCCUUUGUGACUUGCGUCCGUUUCUCACUUCUCUGCGGCAGUCCUUUGUCUCCUCUACCCACUUCUCUAUCCAGUCCCCGCCACCAACGUCGGCAUCAAGCACAACAAUGACACCCACCCUCACCGUAAACAUUGCCCACGCCGAGCGCGUGAUCAUGUACGACAACAACAAGAAGACGAGGGAGAUCAGGGGUGCGAAAGAUAUUCGAUUGGAGUCUGGCUAUACAACGGCUCAAAAGGACAAGAAGGCCAAAGAUGCAAGCAAGACAGCCGCCGUUGCGGCCGCUGUCGCCCUCGCCAACAAAGCUACCAAGCACAAGACAGUCACUCACACCGCACCCACCAAAGCUCCCUCCUCGAGCAAAGCAAAGUCUUCUGCUGUCCCCCCUGCGCCAAAGACGAAGAAGGCCGAGUCCCACACAGCCGAGCAUAAAGGGCAGAGGAGGAGGUUGGGCGUGUACUUUGAAGAGACCAUGUAGCGCGCAUAUUUGAGAGUCUGAGAGUUAGUAAGGGGUUGUAGUUUGUAGAGCCGUUGGCAUUAUGUCUGUUUGUGUGUAUGUAUC